AUGUAUUUUGCAAAAACACCAAAGGCGUGCUCGGCGUUCAAAAAAUUAAUGGGAAAUACAUGGGCUUCAUUCUUACAUGGUAAUGGAAUUCCAAAUACUGAAUGUCCUUUACUUCAGGGUGUUUUUAAAGGUCCAGGUUUUGAUUUGUUAUUGUUUGAGAAAACUAAUCUUCCUCAAUCAUUUUUCUAUGGAACAUACAAAUUGCAUAUGUAUUAUUCAAGAUCAAAUGAAAUAUUUGGCUGUCAAGUUUACAUUAUAGAGAUUAAGCGUCGUUGA